ACCAUACCGGUAGAGAAUGCCGUUGUUAUGAACGCCAUACCGGUGACCCUCAGGCUCAGAACAGUGAGUAACUUCGACGUAGAAUGAGUCAUUCCAUCUAGCAUGGACAUCACUAGAGGCAGUUUAGAUGAUAUCACCAGGCCAGCUAGAAGCUCUAGAUACAGACCUGGUAGCAGGGUAUCACUCAGCAGCCCAGUUAAUAGGCCCCUCAGUGUCACAAGUAGCUCAUUGGAGAUAUUGCCACCUGAUCCUGAUAUACUGCUGCAAGAAGACGAUGAUCUGGCUGUGGUUGAGUUUCUGGAGUCAGAAGAAGAAGAGGUAGAAGAUAUAAAAAAAGAAGAAGGUAUCAGUGAAAUUGGUAGAAGUAAUCGAGUGUUCAAUGCUCACAGGGUACAGGAUAGACUACACAACCUAGACCUUCUCCUAGCCAAAGAUGAUGAAAGCAUGGGUGGUAGCAGUCCCGACACCGAUGGUCCAAGCAACUUAAGAGAGCUUACCUAUGAUGCUCAUCUCAACAACACUGAUGAGGGGAGGUAUGGGAGAAGUUCAUCUAGGACUUCAUCUAGGGGACAAGGAAGCAAGAACCAGGAUGGGAGGCAAGAGGUGGAGGAAGAGGAAGAUCCGGACGCAGACUUGGCAGCCAUCACUGAUCCUGAGCUAAGAAAGGCCAUCAAGAAGAUGCGCAAGCUGGAUCGUAUCUUGAACACGAGAGUGACGAGGGAGAAGGAGGUGAAACGCCAGAGGAAGUUACUCCAUCAUCAGCUGGAGGAAGAGCUAGAUGCCAUCAAGGAAGAGGGUGGUGGGAAGUCAAAAGAGGCUUCAGAGAACACGACUAGGUUCCUAGCGUUGGUACCUCCUGUCAGCCAUGAUGAAGGAGUAAACAUGGAAGACAUUCCUUCGACUCCUGUGUUUGCAACACAGCCUCCAGAGGGCAGCAGCCCGUCUCAUAAAACUUCAUCAUCAAGUGAACAUUCUAGUCCUGCAAGGUCCAUAGGUCAGAGCAGGAGAUCUUCGAAGAUGUCACCCAGGGAUCAUCUCAGAAAACCUAGACCACCUGGAGCAGGCAACCAGAGGAGGAAAGAAGAUGAACCAGAUUUCAUUCACAGGAAUAUUCAGUUGGCUUCAGAUGCUGGUAAUCUGAUUGCAAUGACAGAUGAUGAAAAGAAAAGACUUGAAGAUUUGCUCUCAGAAGUUGAGGUGCUUGCAGGAGAACCAGACGAGGGUUCUUCUGGGACCAAUCUUCAGUUGAAUCCCAUCAGUGGAUCAGGUUACAUACCCGAUGCAGACAGCCAGAUGCUUCUAAAAGAUAUUGACGAGAAACUCAAGAACCUACUCCCAUCUGAUGAUUUUAUGGAUAUCUGUAGUACCCCCUCUAUGCUUGGAGACAGACGAGAGUCAUUCAAUACUGUAGCAUUUGACCUUGGUGAACGUAUCCUCAAGGACACCAAGGUAGAACAGAGUCAGCAGCAGAGACUCAAAAACAUUGAGCAGGAACUUACCAGUCUUCAAAAUCAAGUGGAAAAUGAGAUAUCAUCACCAUCAUUAUCAAAGGCUCAGCUGAACUCCCUCCUGCAACGCUGCUCUGAUGCCAGCGAUAGAACCAUGACAGAAAUCACGUCACCCCGUCUCAAACAGACCCCGUCAGCCUUACAGUCCAGCCAGUCCUCUCCCAGACUAAACAGUCAGCAAUCAUCACCCAGACUGCAUGGGCAGGAUGGUAGUCAGGUGUCACUGGAUGCACCCCCUGCUGCGAAGCUCUCUGAUGGUGCCUUACAGCAGCUUCUCUCAGAGGCCAAAGCCAGUCUGGGGCUGCUGGCCCUAGAGAAUGCUGAUAGCAGUCGGGCCAGUAGCAGGACCACAAACACCUUGAUGACAGGGAGGGACUCCGAAUCACAACUUGAAUUCUCGUUAGGUGACUCACCGAGAUCUGAAAUGAGUAUGAAUACAUCAAGAACUCUCGUCUCUCAUGACGUUAUCCAACAACUUCUGAAGAACCCACGUGCCACCUUGUUGCAAUCCAGCCGCCAGCAGUACACAGAGAACUAUGAAGAUAAUAACCAGGAUAUGGAACUUGAUGAUGAUGAACUUAAUGCUUCAUUGGAAAUAUAAAAGUCAACAUAAGACCUAUCUGGUCAAGUGGGAAACGAAAUGGAGAGGUUAUUUAAAAAAGACUUAUUCUUGUUACUGAAGAUUGAAUGCUGACAAUACAAAUGGUUGGAGUAAUGGUUAAUCUUGUGUACAAACUAUCCUCACAAAUCUACAGAAUAAUUGGAUGAUACUCAGAUAGCACAUACUAAGUAAAGCUUGAUGUAACUUGGCAGUAGGUACACACUUUUAUAAAGUGACUGUCACCAUCUUAUUUACCCUGUGUAGGACUUUGCCUUAACUUUCUCAGCAAUGAUGUAUUCUCAUGAAGCCCACACCACAAAAAUGGAUUCUCCAAAUUGGAUCAUAUUAUAUUGGCCCAUUUAGAGAAUUUGAAGUGUAGUCAAUUUUGACCACUGGCUCUUAUGAUUCCUCUUAAAUAUUUGUAGAAAUUAUUAAUUUGUCAUCUGUUUAUGAUUGGAUGGUCAUCUAUUUGACAGGCAGCCAAGUAAAAAAAGUGUAUCUGAAUCAGCAAUUUUUUAAAAUAUGUUUGUUGACAAUUAAUUGCCCAAUUUUAGAGCCAAUACAACAUGGUCCUGGAUUUGUAUUUUUGUUCAUAAAGUUCCAUUUGGGAAAAUGUUCAUAGUAUUCCCCUCUAUUUUGAUGCAAUCUUCUCAAUUAUUUGACAGGAGCUUAGAUUUAUUGAAGGCCUUCUAAGGCCAUAAGCAGUGAUGCCCAUUUGAUUAGCCUCAAUACCCCCUUCUCAUUUACCUUGGAGAUUUGUUGUGCCUUUUUAAAUUAUUUUAAUUUGCUGCUGUAAUACUGAAAUGUGCCCUUUAGAAAAGUGACCUUUAUUUUACCCUAUUGAAAAAUAUUGAAAAGAAAGGCCUGAUAAGACACAGUUACCAUCCAAGACUGUCUAUUAGUAGCUGUUUGCAAGGCUUACUCAAGAAGCAAGUGCUAUAUAUCAAAUGUCUAAUUGAUAUCUAUGUUGAUAUCUUUUUUGUAUCCCCCCCCUCAGCAAAUGAACAGAAAAAGUGUGAGAUAUACAGAGAGAAAAUACUAAUUGUCAGUAUUCUCUAUUAAAACAGAUAUUAGGCGUUUGAUAUAUUCCUGGGCCAAUAUAAGCUAUGCCAAGUCUUUUGAUGUGAUUAUGAUUUAUUUUAUCCAAAAGUAAUUUUGAAAUUUGAUAAUACAAAUUUAUUGUUCUUAGUUUUGGAAAAAAUAUGUGUGCAAAAGUAUUCAAUUCAUUUUAUUAUUAUGUUCAGCCAUUAGAGCUAGUGGUAAAUUGUAAAAUAUGUAUAAAGUUUAAUGUACAUGUACAGUAUAGAAUAUAUCUAUGCAUUCGACACCUUGAUAUUUGGAAUCUUUGUGUAAUUAUAAAAUCAGAUAUUAUUUGUGUUGAUGUUAUACAACAUGAUUGUAAAGUGCAAGCACUACAGAAAUCAAA